GGCGGCGGAGGGGGGCGCGGGCCGGCGAUGGCGCGGCGGCCCUGAGGGCGCGGGGCGGGCGGCGGCCGGAGGGCGGGCGGCGCGGGAGGAAGCGGCGGCGGUGGCUCCAUGGCCCGGGCGCGCUGAGGGACCCGGCUCUCGCCUCAGCCCGGCGGCGGCGGCGGCGGCCGAACAAUGAAGCUCCUGAAGCCGACCUGGGUCAACCACAAUGGCAAGCCAAUUUUUUCAGUUGAUAUUCACCCUGACGGGACCAAGUUCGCAACUGGAGGACAAGGGCAGGAUUCUGGGAAGGUUGUGAUCUGGAAUAUGUCUCCAGUCCUCCAGGAGGAUGACGAGAAGGAUGAAAAUAUUCCCAAGAUGCUUUGCCAGAUGGACAAUCACUUAGGUAUUACAGAGUGGCCCUUUGCAGGCUUUGCGUGUUGGCAGAGUGCCCAAGGUUAGCACAUGUGUUUGUAAUUAGAAAGAUAAGGCCCCGUGCGGCGGUAACUCCCCUCGGCCUGCUGUCUGAAGGCACAGAUGUUGGCUGCACACCUGGGUGAGUUAUUCGGCAGAAGACUCGGCCCGCCCACAGAACCAUCUUUGGACAGUCUGCAGCAUGUGUGAACUGUGUGCGGUGGUCAAACAGUGGGAUGUAUUUAGCUUCUGGGGGAGAUGACAAACUGAUUAUGGUGUGGAAGCGGGCUACGUACAUCGGCCCCAGCACCGUGUUCGGCUCCAGUGGUAAGCUUGCCAAUGUGGAGCAGUGGCGGUGUGUCUCCAUCCUCCGGAGUCAUUCAGGCGAACUUCCCACGUUCUGCUGUUUGUCCUGCUGAACAGAAUCAGUACCUUCAUCAGCGGAUCACUAAGUCCAUGUGAUGGAUGUAGCAUGGUCUCCCCAUGACGCCUGGCUAGCCUCGUGCAGCGUGGAUAACACUGUCGUCAUCUGGAAUGCUGUAAAGUUCCCAGAAAUUCUAGCUACUCUGAGAGGUCAUUCUGGCUUGGUCAAAGGGUUGACAUGGGACCCUGUUGGUAAAUACAUAGCCUCUCAAGCUGAUGACCGCAGCCUAAAGGUGUGGAGGACGCUGGACUGGCAGUUGGAGACCAGCAUCACCAAGCCUUUUGAUGAGUGUGGAGGAACGACCCAUGUGUUGCGGCUCAGCUGGUCACCUGAUGGGCAUUACCUAGUGUCUGCCCAUGCCAUGAACAACUCAGGCCCCACUGCCCAGAUCAUCGAACGGGAGGGCUGGAAGACCAACAUGGACUUUGUUGGGCACCGGAAAGCUGUGACUGUCGUGAAAUUCAACCCAAAAAUCUUCAAAAAGAAGCAGAAGAAUGGGAGUUCUGCCAAGCCCAGCUGCCCGUACUGCUGCUGCGCUGUUGGCAGCAAGGACCGCUCGCUUUCUGUCUGGCUCACAUGUCUAAAACGGCCGCUGGUGGUCAUCCAUGAACUGUUUGACAAAUCCAUCAUGGAUAUUUCCUGGACUCUGAAUGGGCUGGGCAUCUUGGUGUGCUCUAUGGAUGGCUCUGUGGCAUUCCUCGACUUCUCCCAGGAUGAGCUUGGUGAUCCCCUGAGCGAGGAGGAGAAGAGCCGCAUUCACCAGUCCACCUAUGGCAAGAGCCUGGCCAUCAUGACCGAGGCCCAGCUCUCCACAGCCGUCAUUGAGAACCCUGAGAUGCUCAAGUACCAACGGAGGCAGCAGCAGCAGCAGCAGCUGGACCAGAAGAGUGCCGCGACCAGGGAGAUGGGCUCAGCCACCUCAGUCGCAGGUGUCGUCAAUGGGGAGAGUCUUGAAGAUAUCAGGAAGAAUCUUCUGAAGAAACAAGUUGAGACUCGGACGGCAGAUGGUCGGAGAAGAAUCACGCCUCUCUGCAUAGCACAGCUGGACACUGGGGACUUCUCCACGGCAUUCUUUAACAGCAUCCCCCUCUCGGGCUCCUUGGCGGGCACCAUGCUCUCUUCUCACAGCAGUCCACAGCUACUGCCACUGGACUCCAGUACCCCUAACUCCUUCGGCGCCUCGAAGCCUUGCACAGAGCCUGUGGUGGCUGCCAGUGCCAGACCUGCAGGCGAUUCUGUCAAUAAAGACAGUAUGAAUGCUACCUCUACUCCUGCUGCAUUGUCACCUUCUGUGUUAACGACCCCGUCCAAGAUCGAACCCAUGAAAGCAUUUGAUUCCCGGUUCACAGAGCGGUCCAAAGCCACGCCAGGUGCUCCUGCCCUGACCAGCGUGACUCCAACAGCCGUGGAAAGGUUAAAAGAGCAGAACCUUGUGAAAGAGCUGAGGCCCCGAGACCUCCUGGAGAGCAGCAGUGACAGCGAUGAGAAAGUCCCUUUGGCUAAGCCUUCCUCACUGUCCAAGCGAAAACUUGAGCUUGAGGUAGAGACAGUAGAGAAGAAGAAGAAAGGGCGGCCUCGGAAGGACUCUCGUCUCAUGCCUGUGUCUCUGUCUGUCCAGUCUCCAGCUGCCCUAACCGCAGAGAAGGAGGCCAUGUGUCUCUCUGCACCAGCACUUGCACUGAAGCUGCCAAUUCCAGGCCCCCAGAGAGCAUUCACCCUCCAGGUCAGCUCCGAUCCCUCCAUGUACAUUGAGGUGGAGAAUGAAGUGACAGUGGUGGGGGGCGUGAAGCUGAGCCGCCUGAAGUGCAACCGGGAAGGGAAGGAGUGGGAGACGGUACUCACCAGCCGGAUCCUCACUGCUGCGGGCAGCUGUGACGUGGUGUGUGUCGCCUGUGAAAAAAGGAUGCUGUCAGUGUUCUCCACCUGUGGUCGCCGUCUCCUCUCUCCCAUCCUCCUGCCGUCCCCGAUCUCUACUUUGCAUUGCACAGGCUCCUACGUCAUGGCGCUUACUGCUGCGGCCACACUGUCUGUCUGGGAUGUUCACAGACAGGUGGUUGUGGUGAAAGAAGAGUCUCUACACUCCAUUCUGGCAGGAAGUGAUAUGACGGUAUCACAGAUCUUGCUGACGCAGCAUGGAAUCCCAGUAAUGAACCUGUCUGAUGGGAAGGCGUACUGCUUUAAUCCGUCACUUUCUACAUGGAACCUGGUUUCUGACAAGCAGGACUCACUGGCUCAGUGUGCAGACUUUAGGAGCAGCCUGCCAUCCCAGGACGCCAUGCUGUGCUCAGGACCAUUAGCCAUAAUCCAGGGCCGCACCUCCAACUCGGGAAGGCAGGCUGCCCGGCUCUUCUCCGUGCCUCAUGUGGUGCAGCAAGAGACCACCCUGGCCUACCUAGAGAACCAGGUGGCAGCAGCACUCACCCUGCAGUCCAGCCACGAGUACCGCCAUUGGCUCCUCCUCUACGCACGGUACCUCGUAAACGAAGGGUCUGCGGAAGAGGGAGCUGCUGAAGGAGCUGCUGCCAGUCAUCGGGCAGAACCUCCGAUUCCAGCGCCUCUUCACCGAGUGUCAGGAACAGCUCGACAUCCUGAGGGACAAAUAGCCUGCCCCGGCCUGCCCUGGCUGCAGCAAGGGCAGGGCCACACUCUCGCCGCUGAUGACACGCAGGGCCACCUCUCACCUGACCAGGCUGUAGGGGGAGGAGACACUGGCAGGAGAUGUGCUGUCCUGCACCAGCGCCAGCCCAGCUCCCUGGGCAGAUGUGCUCUGUGUCCUGGGCCUGGCAUUGCCUCAGGAGGGGGAAGCUUGUCCCUCCCUCCUAGCCCCGCGUGCGGAGCUAGGGCUGGAGCUCUGCCCAGGUGCCCUGGGGCCAGCAAGGCACUCCCAGGCCUGCCGUCUCCAGCACGGCCCCAAGGUGGACACUAGCCCCUGCUGCUGCAGGUGCCAUGCUGCUUCAGCGGUGACGAUUGAGCCAUUUGUGAGAGAGAAUCUGGAAACGUUAGGUAUUAUGCAGUCAGCAGACUGACCUGAGACCUAUGUAAAAGGAAAGCUGUUCCAACACACGGACUAUUUUUGUACUAGAAUUUGCUAACUUGUAAUAUGGAAUUUCCUCUGGCCGAUAAUCAGGAUUUCCCUAUAAGUCACUUGGACAUUGGUCACUUGUAGGAAAUUUAAACUCUAAUUAUGACAGCUACACUGAAAAAUAAUUGUACUGAAAUUAACUUGUCUAUCUUCAUUUGGUUUUAAUUUUUAAAUGUUUGUAAAAAGAGACUGUUUUGGGGGAAUGGGGCAAAGGGGUGGGCGAUUUCUUUUGUAAGUGUAAAAUAAAUGAACACGCAUUGAAUACCAAA